CUUCAUCCAACUCCAGUCCUGCUCCAGUUUGCAGCUGAACAUUAGUCCUUUCUCCUCGUGUCCUCUUGUGACCAGCUAGUCAACCAUCAUGUUUUACAGCCAGAGCACCGUCAGUGGUCCCAGUGUGAUGAGGCAGAGCCGCAGCUACACAUCAAGUGUCCCUGUCCACAAGGCUCACAGCAUGUCAGGAUUCAGCCUCAGAGGCCCUCGCAUCUCCUCCACCAGCUCCCGCACCGUCUCCUCUGGGUACGGCGGUGGCAUGGGGAUGGGCGGCGGUGGCUUUGAGCUGUCCAACGCCCUGGACCAGAGCAGCGGGCAUCUGAACGAGAAGGCCACCAUGCAGAACCUGAACGACCGUCUGGCCACCUACCUGGACAAGGUCCGCUCUCUGGAGGCGGCCAAUACCAAGCUGGAGAAGCAGAUCAGAGAGUACUACGAGCAGAAGGGCCCCGCAGCAGAGAGGGACUACAGCAACUACUGGGCCAUUAUCAAUGACCUGAAGGACAAGAUUGCUGCUGCCACCAUCGGCAAUGCCAACAUCCUGCUCCAGAUUGACAACUCCAAGCUGGCUGCUGAUGACUUCAGGACCAAAUUCGAGCAUGAGCUGAUGAUGCGCCAGUCAGUCGAGGCUGACAUCGCCAACCUUCGUCGCCUGCUCGACCAGACCACCCUGACGAAGGCUGAUCUAGAGAUGCAGAUUGAAGGCCUGCAGGAUGAGCUGGCCUACCUCAAGAAGAAUCACGCAGAGGAGCUGGCUGCAAUGCGCUCUCAGCUCACUGGUACAAUCAACGUGGAGGUUGAUGCCGCACCCCAACAGAACCUCAACAAAGUCCUGGAUGAGAUUCGUGCCCAAUACGAAGGCAUCACAGACAAACAUCGUCGCGACCAGGAGUCUUGGUUUAAUGACAAGUCGGCAGUCCUGACCAAGGAGGUGGCCAUGAGCACAGAGACAAUCCAGACGUCCAAGACAGAGAUCAGUGACCUGCGGCGCACACUGCAGGGCCUGGAGAUUGAGCUGCAGUCUCAGCUCAGCAUGAAAGGGGCCCUGGAGAACACGUUGGCGGAGACGGAGAAUCGCUUCAGCGCCAUGCUCGCCGGCUACCAGAACACGAUCAACAUGCUUGAGGCCGAACUAGCCAACAUGCGCGGCAGCAUCGAGCAGCAGGGCCAGGAAUACAAGAUGCUGCUGGACAUCAAGACCAGGCUGGAGCAGGAGAUCGCAACCUACAGGAGCCUGCUGGAGACGGAGGAGUCCAGACCCGUUGGUACAGGGGGCUCAAAGACCACAGUCACAACCACCACUGUGCGCUCGUCCAGCUAGGAAGUCCAACUGGCGGGACAAGGCUGUGCUCCGACACACACAGACACACACACACUCCGACUCAUUAAAGCUGUAACACGAGAUGAGUCAAACUGUGCCAAAGAACCCAAACUGAAGUAUGUCCAAAGAGAAGCCCGUGUUUAAGUUUAUACAUGAAACAACAUUUGUAGUUCAGAAGAAGAAAGUGUCCGGGGGUACUGUGUUUGUGUGUGACUGGUCUGAAAAAAUAAAUCUGCCGGUGAACAUGAGAA